AUGAGCAUAUUCCCAAGCUACUACCAGGACUCGAGCGUGAGUUUCGAGACGACAGGAGUGGAGCUAGAGCUGUUUGACGACGCAGCUUCGGAAGGAUGCAUCGACGAACAGGACAACCCGCAUCUGGAACGGCUGGCGGAAAGGUAUCUCGACAAUUACGAAGAUGGCGAGCUGGAAAACGAAGGGUUUCGCACCGAUCUGGAAGAACUCAACUUCCAAACGGCAAGACGGAUCCUCAACCAACAACAACUGGAGAUCCAUAAACGAAUGGUGGACGAAGGAGACAAUGAUACAAUCAACAUUGACGACAUCCACCAAGGAGAUGACGACAUGCCCUACACAACCCAGAGGAGACUCCUACCUCGACAUUUACACAUGCUAGCAUUGGGAGGACCGCUGGGAGCAGGUCUACUGCUGUCUGCAGGACGAAGUAUCACCACUGCUGGUCCCCUGGGCGCAAUUCUGGGCUUCAUGUUGACUGGUCUCAUAACUUUUGCCUGUAUCAAGAGUAUUGGAGAUAUGGUCACCCUGUAUCCUUCUCAAGGACUGCCUCUUUUGGCAGACCGGUUUCUCAACACCUCUUUGGGCAUCACUGCAGGCGUGCUAUAUUGGCUGCUAUUCGCUGUGGCUAUCCCGUCUGAGCUGUCUGCUGCCGCGGCUCUGUUGGAGGUGUAUCCGAGUAUGAGUCAGCCCAGUUCUGCUCUGGUGGCUUGGCUGACGCUCUUCAUUCUCGUCAUUGUGUUUGCCAACCUGCUUUCGGUGGACUACUACGGCGAGCUGCUCUACUGGUGCAACCUGGGCAAUCUUCUCAUCGUCAUUGGCAUGAUAAUCACCAUGUUUGUGGUGUGUCCUGGAACACGGUUUUGGAAAACUUCCGAGGGAUACGGAGCGUUUAGACCCUACUACGACUCGUAUGCAGGGUUCCAACUGCCGCUCAAGGGUGAACAUCACGAUAACCAGAUUCAUGGAGCCUCGGGGCGGUUUCUGCAGAUUUAUGCCAGCAUGACCCUUUCGGUCUUUGCAUUUGUUGGCUCGGAAAGUGUCUUUGUAGCUGCUCCGGAGGUGAAGAACCCCCGAAAGGCGGUGCCCUCCGCCAUGAGACGUAUUGCAGUCCGAAUUGGACUGUGCUACAUGCUUGGAGUCAUCAGUCUGGGGCUAGCUGUGCCCCCCUUCAACACUCUGGGUAUCGAACGAGAAGGCUACGGAACAGGCAACCUCAGCCAUGGAGUUGUUCCCGUAGACAACACUGGUGUCUACAAGAGAAGUCUCGUGGAUCUCAACAUUAGGGAGAUCGGAACAGGUUCAAAAGGUUCGGAUAUUGCUCCCUUACUGAAGAUCCAUCACGGUCACGAAAAGGCCACUCCGGCCAAUGAACAGGCUCCAGACAAUAUUCCCGACCGACCGAGCCCCAAACCACACCGAAAUUCCACCUCGACCCCAAACCAGAUUCUGAACCCCACCUUCAAUUCUCCGUGGGUGGUGGCGCUGUCUCUGGCAGGUUAUGAGACAGCGGCUCUGGCUGUGAACGGUAUCUUUGUCAUCUGUGCAGUGGUAGCGUCUGCCUCCCACCUUUACUCGGCCAGUAGAACUCUCUAUGCCGUUUCUACUCGAUGGGAGCGUCUGCGCUGGUUUUCUACAUGCACGGCUCUUGGAAUUCCAUGGGUUGCAGUUCUCUUUUCUGCCCUCAUUUCUCUGCUGUCCUAUUUGGUUGUGGGCUACUCUACCCGCCAUGUUUUCGACUGGAUGCUCCAUUGGAUCUGUACCGUGGGUCUCAUUUUGUGGAUCAUCAUGACAGCAGCGUUUCUGCGAUUCCACAAAUGUCUCAAGGUGCGAAGAGUGCCCUUCAAGUACUCGUUUCCUCAACCGUACACUGCGUGGUUUGGAAUGAUUGGCUGCUGUCUCCUACUGUGUUUCACCAUCUUCUCGGUGUACAUUUCGUGGGACAGACGUCUAUUUGCGUCCAAUUACUCGGGCAUUUUUCUGACCAUUGCCAUCUAUCUGGUUGCUCGAAUCUGUACUCGAGACGAUCGGUUCAUUCGAGUUUCAGAAAUGGACAUUUAUUCAGGCAAGCGUCAGAUGGAUCUCCAGGUGUGGGACGAUGAUCGAGUCUACAACAGUUGGCAGAACAAGAUGAAGCGGAGGAUUAUGGAGUGGUUUUGA